AUGUUAGCCAACAGUGAUAAAGUUUCAGAGGUCCUACAAGAGUCUACUCAUCAGUUCAACCUGCUUACUUCACCCACCUUCCUACCAAAGCAUCAAUCUGAUCUCUCUCUCCAUGGCAGAGAAGCUAGGCAUGCUGGAGCCUUGCAGCGCCCUACUACUUCAAUCAUGUUUGGAGAUGCAACUUCUAAGUCUCCUCUUGGAGUGUUCAAGAACUAUCACUUGAAAAUUGGAGAAUGCAUCAUCCAAACUGAUCUCACUGUGAUGGAAAUGGAAGAAGAGAAGGAUUUGCCUUUGUUAUUGGGAACCCCUUUCCUUAGUACAGUUGGCGCUUCAAUAGACUUUCACAAGCAAGAAGUGAUCCUUCACAAGGUGAAUAGUUUGGUGUCAUAUCGCUUGCAGCCUAGAGGGUUGACAAGGAACCAAGAGUUGGGAAGGAUAAGGAUGAGAGAGGACCAAGGAUUGAGAAGCCACGUCUUGAGAGGGCUAGAGUUGAGAAACCACGAUCUGAUAGGCCAAGAGCUGAGACUUGUUCAAGCCCCUUGUGUGCUUGAUGAAGAGAGCCUUCAAGCUUUGUUUGAUGAGCCACUAGGAAGGGCUCUAAAAGAAGGGGAGGAUGCAGCCUCUAAGGCAAGACCAGGUGAUAAAAGAAAGGAUCCACCAGCUCAGGCCCCUUCAGUCAAGCCAUCUCAGCUCACAAUGACUUUGUUCCCCACCAAGUUUGAAAAUGGGAAGAUUGAGUACAAGAUAAGGUACAAGGGGAGAUCAAGGCCAUUCUCUAGAGCCAAGGCCUUGGUGACUUCAGAACAGUCCAGGGACCCAACCAAGCUAAAGGAGCUUCUGUCUCAAGUCCUCACUAUCACCCUUGAUGGUGGGACUAGCUCAACCAAUGCCUAA